CAAAAAAUUAGUGCCCAGCGUGUAGAAGGCGGAGCACUGAACACUGAACAGUCUCGCCGCGGAUCCCUUCGCCGUCUCCCUCCCAUCUCUCUCUCUCACGGUUUCAUUUUCGCACCGGCCGAGCGUACUUGCAGGCUUGCGUGCAACUACAGCUUCAUUGAAGCCAAUUUACGUAUCCAUUGGGCAUUGGAAUUUCACUAGGAACAGCCUUAAGAACUGUUAAAAAGUGUUGCAGUGUUCCAGAAACCAAUGAGGAGAUAUCAUAAAAUUUACUAUCUUGAUCCGGAAGCUUAUGCUUGAAAUGCCUCAAGGUGUAUGCCUCGCUUCGUGAUAAAUUCAGUGCUUUACAUUGCCUCAUCACAUUUAACAACAUUUGGUCAUAGUGGACAGCAACCUCGCACUGCAUCACUGUUCCUGCUGCUCUUAGUCAUUGGUCACAGGUUCAAUGGGCCAUGUCACGGCUCAGGUUGUAUCAUCAGAAACCGUCUCUCUUUCAUUGGUCUCCUCCAUCUUCAAACGAUUCCUCUCCUCUGACAAUGGCACCAGCGCUGAGGUCUUCGCUUGCCUCAAACGGUCGUCUGCUGCUGUCGAUGAGCUCAUUCAGGUCAAAGCCCUUAAAUCUAAAGGUGGUGCUGAAGGAGACCAAUACACUGAUCAUGAGACCUUAGAGAAGAAGGCACCUCGUGAUGGGCAUAGUGGGAGUGAAGGCAAGAAGCAACUAGGCCUUGAGGGAGACAUUGUAGAUGCCAAAAGGGGCAGUAAGUCUGACAAGCUCGGGAAGGUAGGUUGGAGAGAACAUGCAGGACACCAGCAAAAUGUAGAUGGGGAUAAGAGACCAAGAUCAAAGUACUUGCAAAGCGAAGUGAUGGGCUUGGAUGAUACUAUGAAGGGCUAUAGGCAUAAGAAACAUGAGAAAAACCUAGAAAGCUUAGAUGGGAGUCACCGGCCAGAUGCAUUGGAGAGGGUUUCCGGCAAAGGGCAAAAGGAAAGGGAGGACGAGGUUCCGAAGAAAGAACAUGGAGAGAAGCACAAGAUGCGCCAUAAAGUUCACCAUGUUGUGGAUCACAACAUGCCAACAAAUGAGCUUGAGAAAGAGCUGAGGCAAAAGCAAGUGAAAGAACCUAGUAAAAGGGACAACAGAUACCAACAAGUUCAAGAAGUUGCGCAAUUUGAAGACUCAACAACAGAUAUUGUCAAUGGUGAGACAGAAAAGAAAAAGAAGAGGAAGAAAAAGAUUGGAGAAGGGGAAGAUGGAGGGCAAGAGAAUGAGCUGCAUAGGGACAAGAAAAAAAGAAGGAAAUAAAACCAGGAGCUUCAACACUGAUGACCCCUUUUCAUGGUUCCACCUCUCUGAGAGGUUUCCAGUACUCGUUUUUAUUUUCCUUUCUGAGUUUCUGGUUUACCAAAGAAAAUACAAGGUUGAUAUUAACUUCAUGUAUUACAAUCUGCUAAGGUGCAAAUUGGCUCUCAGUUAUGAUUUUUAUAAUUAUGAACGGCAGUUAUGUCUUCUGCUGUUACCAGAUAAACGAUUACUUGUUUGUAAUUUCUCCUUGCUAUGUUAUUGAUUUAUUGCCCUGCUUUGCUGC